GAACAACCACAUACGCUCUCUCCCUCCCCAAAUCCAAUUUUGUCAUCUUUCUCUGGCCGUUAUGGGCUGGGUCGGAGUGGCCACACUUGUUGCGACCACAUGUUUCCUGCUCUAUCGACAUCCUCCGGCCUCCUGGUUCCCCAGCUUACCCACCCCUCCAACCCGAACGGAAUCAACCAGCGGGAAAGAACUCCCUACUCGCACCACGGAAGAAAAAAAGACAAAAAAUGAUAUUAUAAAUGAUUCACAGGUUUUGGUCGAGGAAGACCAAAGGGUGGAGGAGUCCCAAACGACCCCAAAGGCAUCCGCAUCGAACGCACCAUCCCUUCAAGUCCCCUCUCUCCAGCUUGACAACACCACCGACAAAAUUCCUGUGAAAGAACCAGCAGCAGAUCUACCCCAAACGCCAAACGGUUCGAUGCACCCACCACCCAUCAUCCUCGCCCCAACAGACACCAUGACCCAGACCAGCCAGAUGUCACCAUCGCAGGCGCCCGCAACGGGCGGCUCUUCCUUAAUGCCCCCUCCCCCGCCUCCGUCGCGACUACGACCAACCUCAAAGCAGCCACAAUCCGCGCCCUUAGCUCUAACAGCCGGACGAUAUCCUCCUCAAAUAAGUGGCAGACCCAGCAGUAAUAGCACUCUAAGCCCUCCCCCGUCCGCAGCAGCAUCCCUCAGAGUACCGCAGAACAGCCGGCCCACGGGUAGCACUCUCGCGCCUAUCCCAGUCCUAAAACCAUCCAAGAAAUCGUCGCAAAGACCGAUUCUCGAGCCUGGCUUCUCACCUCUAGACUGGGCGGCACUUACCUCCAACCCCAACAAUAAGCUCCGCGGCGCGAAUUUGCCCCCUACCCUGAUUCGUGUGACGCCUUCGAUGCUCAAGGCGCAGCACGGGCGGAAGGGCACCGAUGCCUGGACUUCAUACCAAGGCAAGGUCUAUAACAUCACCCCGUAUCUUCCGUUCCACCCAGGCGGGAAAGGUGAAUUGCUCCGAGGCGCUGGUAAGGACUCGGGUAAGCUGUUUAUGGAGAUUCACCCAUGGGUGAAUUGGGAUGCGAUUCUCGGGGAGUGUCUUGUGGGGAUUCUUGUUUCUGAGAACGAUUCAGAGACAAGCGAGAAUAGCCUUGAUGCCAUGGACUAGGUCUUGUCUUUCUGUUUACUUUGCCUGUUUCACCUGUUUCGUGGAUAGAAUAGGAGGGUUGAUUGUACUAUAUAUAUACAGAUGCUACCCGUUAUGAUGCCCAUAGAAGGUAAAUACUACAUGUGAUACCCAUCCACCAACUUUGGUGACUACUACAUACAUCGCAUUUAUUCAUGC